AUGUGCAGCCGUGGUAGCGGUGGCAACACUAGAUUGGAUGGCUGUCCUGCACCACGGAGAUGGAGAGUCCUGUCCUGCCAGCCCCGGACAUCUCCGUCUGCCGUUUCAUACUCUUAUUCUUCGUAUACACUUGCUAAACCAUCAGUCACUUCUCAGGGCCUGCUUCCCGGGCAUGCCACAUCCAAGUGCAGCUGCAUUUGCUGUUGUUGCCGUCGUCAUAGAAGCAGUAAUCGCUGUUUCAACGGCUGCGGCAGUGGAUGUGAUUGUAUUAGCUGGCACGCUCUAUCUGCAAGAAUCGCACUCGCUUGGCUCAUCUCCUUCUCAAUUGCUGGUCCCUUCUUUUUGAUUGCUGUUCUCAUGUCAGAUGAGGCCAGUUUGAGUGGAAUGACUCUGGCAUCAGGUCUAUCAAAAGCCAUUAACAGCACGGCAAAUAGCAGUAUGAACACCAUGUUUGAUUCAAGCUCAUUGAUAAAUACAAGCAUAAGCAAUCUGCCGGAUAUGCUCUUGGGCCAAAUGAAUAUCAGCCACGUUGCCUCGGGUCAUCAAUACAGCAGUAAACAAAUAAACCAAGGCAACAAAUAUAGUGAAUGGCGCAAAUCCACCACAGAAAGAACCGUAAUCAGUACACAAGACCAAGUAGAUGAAAUAAGAAAUGAAAUGAUAUAUUCGAUGAACAAGCUUGAAAAAUCGACGAUAGACAGCCAAACAAGCCAGAGUAAUGACGACUCAGCGAAAUAUGUGAAUCCUGCAGUCUCAGGACCUGCUGCUUCUUACAAGGGUUGCGGACCGAAUAGUCCUAGCUUUGUAUUGACCGCCGCCGGAGUAACCUUCCUUCUACCAUUAACCAUUAUGACUACAACCUAUAUACUCACUAUCCGUAGCUUGGUACGUCAGAUGCAACAGGCAAAGGCGGCUCAAUUGUAUCCAAACAAUGCAAUCGCAACGACACCGCUAAUCACUGCGACAUCAAGCUCCAGUGGGCCUACAAGU